AUGGUUAAGACAGUUGAGUUGUAUGGAUUUUGCUGUGUUCAGUCCCCAGAAGCAGUGACAGAGUUUGUGGAGAAACAUACUGGAAAAGGCACUGUUUAUGCUGUGAAGGUCUUCCACAAAGAUGGAAAAACAAGAGCAUCUGCCAUGGUUCAAUUCACACAUGCAGAGUUUGCUGAAAUGAUACUGAAAUUAGCCGGAGAUCAUCUUCGACAAAAUGUGCCGUAUGGGAAAUCAAAUGUGAAAGCUACAGAAAUGAAGUUUGACAUGGUACCUGACUCACAAACCUUGCAACCUAGCAUGGAACUUGUAAAGCUACACUUUGGAUGCCAGAUUUCUAAGGAACGGUUUUCUGUGCUUUGGACACUAUCCGAUGUUUCAGUGAAAUUUGGGAUGAUACUUAAACAUUUCUACUUCUUUUUCUCUUAUGAUUCUGUUGAAUAUAAGCUAGAAAUAUCCUAUGACAAUGUUAACCAGAUUGAGCUACAUAGUCCAUGUGAUCAACUUGCAAAGUUUCUUCUCAUCAAGUUACGUGGUGCGCCUCGGAUUUAUAAGAAAGGUGUCCCUGUUAAGAACAAGAAAAAGGAAGCUUCUGAUAAUUACUGGGUUCGAGAAGUUGAUUUCACUCCAGCUUGCUGCAUUGGGCAAUCUUCUGCUGUAUGUUUGGAGCUUCCACUUAGGUGGAUGCUUCCAAAUCUAGGCAGCACUUUUGUUCAUUAUAAAGAAUAUGAAGGACGGUUCGUUCUGGAGAGAGGCAACGGUUUCUCCAGUAGCUCAGAUCUUGUUCCUAUGGUGAGUCCACCCCUAAGCAUUAAGUUGCCAUAUAAAGUCCUGUUCAAGAUAAAUUCCUUGGUGCAGUAUGGAUGUGUUCCUGGGCAAGCACUUGAUGUCAAAUUUUAUAAGCUAGUUGAUCCUAGUAGAAUAACAAUUGAAUAUAUAGAGUGUGCCCUGGAGAUACUAUUUCACUUAAAAGUGUGCUGCUAUGAACCCGUGAGUUGGCUUAGAAACCAGUACAAAAAGCACCAGGCAAGCAAGCGAAUUGCCAAAACACCUGCUAUUUCUUUGGAUGAUGGGCUGGUGUAUGUACACAGGGUUCAAAUAACACCAUCUAAAGUAUAUUUCUGUGGUCCAGAGAUAAAUCAUUCGAAUCGCCUUUUCCGAAAGUAUCCUGAAGAUGUUGAUAACUUUCUUCGUGUAUCUUUCGUUGAUGAGGACUUGAGCAAGAUGCAUUCAGAAGAUUUAUGUAUGCGUUCAACAAUUCAAGAAAGGCCAACUAGAGUCCAUGAAAGGAUACUUUCUAUCCUAAAAAAUGGCAUAGUUAUUGGUGAGAAGAAGUUUGAGUUUCUUGCCUUUUCAUCAAGUCAAUUACGAGGUCAUUCUGUGUGGAUGUUUGCUUCAAGAAGUGAGCUCACAGCACAAGACAUCAGAAACUGGAUGGGUGAUUUUAAGGAGAUUAGAAAUGUGGCAAAACAUGCUGCCAGGCUUGGUCAGUCUUUCAGCUCUUCCAAGGAGGCUUUUAGUGUUGGUGAGGAUGAAGUUGAACUCAUUCCCGAUGUAGAAAUUGAAAGGGAUGGAGUUAAGUAUUGCUUUUCUGAUGGAAUUGGGAAAAUAUCUGCUGACUGUGCUGCAAGGGUGGCAAGAAAGUUCGAGUUAAGUCGUACUCCAUCUGUCUUCCAAAUUCGAUAUGGUGGCUAUAAAGGUGUUCUGGCAGUUGAUCCAACAUUGUCAAAGAACUUGUCAUUGAGAAAGAGCAUGUGCAAGUACCAAUCCAACAACACAACACUAGAUGUUCUGAAAUGGAGCAAGUACCAGCCUUACUUCCUUAAUCGAGAAGUGAUUACCCUUCUGUCCACCCUCGGAGUUCCAGAUGACGUUUUUAUGGAAAAGCAAAAACAGGUUUUGAAUCAAUUGGAUGGCGUUUUAGCUGAUCCAUUGAGAGAACAGAAAACGAUGGAAUUAUUGUUUCAGGGAGAGGUCAUCAACAUUUUAAAGGAAAUGGUUUUGUGUGGUUACACACCAGAUGCAGAACCAUUUCUGGCCAUGAUGCUACAUGCAUACUCCGCAGAAAAGCUCCAGAAACUGCGAAGCAAAACAAGGAUAUUUGUCCCAAACGGAAGAUCUAUGAUGGGAUGUCUUGAUGAAACCGGCACAUUGGAAUACGGUCAGGUAUUUGUGCAAUGCUCUCACCGUGGCAGCCGACAAUUCUAUGAUGCUUCCUCCCAUAUCAUCAGUGGCAGCAGUUCAAGCGAAGACAGUUUUAUUGUCAAGGGAAAAGUAGUAGUGGCUAAAAACCCGUGUUUACACCCGGGGGACAUGCGUGUUCUUAUGGCUGUCAAUGUGCCUGCAUUGCACCACCUGGUGGAUUGUGUUGUUUUCCCGCAGAAAGGAAAGAGACCACAUCCUAAUGAAUGCUCAGGAGGUGAUUUGGAUGGAGAUUUGUACUUAGUGAGUUGGGACCCUGAUCUAAUUCCUCCUCGCCAAAUUGAACCCAUGAAUUAUUCCCCGGCACGAACUGUGCAAUUGGAUCAUGAUGUUACACUGGAGGAAGUUGAGGAGUCUUUUACAAACUACAUAGUCAACGACAACUUGGGGAUCAUUUCAACUGCUCAUACUGUCUUUGCAGACACAGAGCCAGACAAGGCUAUGAGUGCUCCGUGUAAAGAUCUCGCCAAGCUCAACUCCAUCGCUGUUGACUCUCCGAAAACUGGUCAGCUAGUCAAAAUGCCGGGUCGUCUGCGUGCCAAGGAAUACCCAGAUUUCAUGGAAAAGCUUGACAAACCCACCUACGAGUCCAAAGGAGUGAUCGGGAAGCUAUUCCGACAGGUGAAGGAGCAUGUUGAGCUUGUAUCUCAUUCAUGUUCAAGCUCUAAUAUUAAGUCCUUCACUGCGGAAGUGGCUAAGAAAUGUUAUGACCCUGACAUGGAGGUAGAUGGAUUUAAGCUCUACAUCAAUGAGGCCAUCCGUUACAGACGUGAGUAUGACUGCAAGCUGCAAAACCUGAUGGAAUAUUACGGCAUCAAAAGUGAAGCCGAAAUACUAAGUGGGACUUUCGCUCAAACAUCCAAAUGUUUCGAUACAAGAAAGGACUUGAAAGCAAAUAUUGGUCUCGCGGUAAGGUCAUUGAAGAAGGAAGCUAGGGGAUGGUUUUAUGAGAAGCAGGGAAGCGAAUUUCAGUUGAAUGUCAGCACCGAUGGCGAUGAUGCAUGUGCAGCAAAAGCAUCAGCGUGGUACUACGUUACUUAUCAUCCUCGUUACUUCGUUCGUUGCUACAAGGAGGGAACGGGAAGAGAGCGUUUCGUAAGCUUUCCAUGGUGUGUCUUUGACAAGCUCCUCCAGAUCAAGAGGGAUAAAAGAAGCAUCAGAAAUUCUAUACAUAUCGACUUGACAGAGUUGGCAUGA